AAAAUAAUUACUACAAGUCUACAACCUUCGGCAGAAAAACAUCAUGGGUUCAGGAAAUUGUAUAGAUAAGAAGCAUUAUGUUCUGGUGCAUGGGGCUUGCCAUGGAGCCUGGAGUUGGUAUAAGCUCAAGCCACGCUUGGAAUCCGCAGGCCACAAGGUCACAGUGCUGGACCUUGCAGCCUCAGGCACCAACAUGAAGAAAAUUGAUGUUGAAACUUUCUCAGAGUAUUCCGAGCCUUUGUUGCAGCUAAUGGCCACAAUUCCCCCAAAUGAAAAGGUAGUUCUAGUGGGUCACAGCCUUGGGGGACUCAACAUAGCACUUGCCAUGGAGAAAUUCCCAGAAAAGGUUGCAGUUGGUGUUUUCUUAACAGCUGUAGUUCCUCACACUGAGCAUAAGCCAUCCUAUGUCUUGGAAAAGUACACUGAGAGUAUCCCAGCGGAGAAUUGGCUGGAUAGUGGAUUCUCCCAGAGUGGAAACAAAAUAGUAGUUAUUUUGGGUCCAAAAUUCUCGUCCGGCAAACUCUACCAAGCCUCCUCCAUUGAGGAUAUAGAAUUGGCGAAGACUUUGUUAAGGCCAGGGUCCCUCUUUAUCGAAGACUUGUCCCAGAUAAAAAAUUUCUCUAAAGAGAGAUAUGGGUCAGUUCCUCGUGCUUUUAUAAUUUGCACUGACGACCUUGGAAUUCCAUUGAGUUUCCAGCUCUGGAUGAUUCAAAAAGCUGGCGUUAGUGACGUUGUCGAGAUCAAGGGGGCAGACCACAUGGCUAUGCUAAGCAAGCCACAAGAACUAUGCGAUUCUUUGUUGAAAAUAGCUACUAAAUACACAUGAAUUCAUGAAGCAGGCUUUAUUUGUUGUGUUUGAAAUUAACGUGUGUUAGAAUUAUAAGAUCUCGUUUUAAACAACGAGGCAUAGCAACAUGAAGUUGUAUUCUUGUUAUCUUGGUAAUGAAUAAACUUUUCAAAUAAAUGCGGGUUCUGUUAUUAAA